CAGCAACACUUGGGAGGUGAUGAAUAGCUGCGCUAAGUGAUAUUUUUGUGGCUUCAACACAAUUCAAACAAAACCAGUAGUGCAUGAACCUCGCAACCAUUUUAGUAAUACUUAAUAAAAUAUACUAUUCUGCACGAAAUGCAUUUAACUAAAUAGAGUAAAUAAAAAUUUUGUGUGCCAUGUCCCACCCCACGAUACGCUACAACGAGGAGCGCAGAGAGUUGCUUCUAGCCCAUUGCCACUAUGUGGUACUACCACCGGAGCUAAUCGAUGUAUUUGGUGAAUGCACCGAAUACUUAGAUUGCAGUCACAAUCGGCUAAUGAACUUAUCAUAUUUGUAUGAAUUUACAAAUUUAAAAUAUCUUAUUCUCGACAAUAACCGCUUGCAUGAGGCGCAUUUCAAUCAAUUGCAAUGGUCGCUACCGAAGGUGAAGCUGCUGAUGUUAAACCGCAACGAGCUUAUGGAUCUUGAGAAGACAAUUACGCUGCUAGCAAGCAUUUUUCCCAAUCUUGAAUAUUUAAGUUUGCAUGGUAACCCAAUUUGCCCCGAUGAGUUGGAGCUGCAGCCGUUUUGUGAAUACGUGAAUUAUGAAUAUGAAUAUUACAGAUCGCAGAUCGCUGGCGCUUUUAGCAAACUUAAAUUUCUCGAUCAUUAUGAUCUGCAACGACCUUAUCGCAGAUCAACGCUCAAGCCAAAUGCAAAUAAUGAACACCAAAAAUCAUUAAA